GCUCUGAGUGGAGGAGGAGAAAGUCCAAUCGCUGACAAGCACAGACUUUUUGUGGGCCCUCAGCCUUCAGAGUCACCACAGAACAUUCCAGAAGCCGCCUCUGGCAAAACCCGAGGGUCUCCCAGCAUGGGCAACGAGAACAGCACCGCGGACAGCCAGAGGACUUCAUCAGCUCCUGGGCCAUCUGGGAAUGGUCAGACGACAAAAAGGACGCCAGGAGAGCAGCCUGGACACACUGACUGCAGAGACCUGCCCAGCGUUGGGGACGGAGGCUCCCACUUUUCUUCGGAGCCGGAAGCCAGCCUGGUCCCAAGUAUCCUGUCCCGAGAGGUGACCAAGGCAAAGAAGCACCCACAGGACACCGAGGACCCAGGAGUGUCCCCAGGAUCCUGCUCUUCACCAGCCCAGGGGCAGCAGAAUCCAGAGGUCUCCAUGCCCUUUGCUGAGGGCCCCCUAGCAGCAGCCCAGGAAGAUGGGUCCCUCGCCCAAGGUCCCAGGAGAGGACCUUCCCCAGAUGUCCCAGAGGGUGCCAUGGCAGCAUGUGCCCCUGCAGGGGGAAGCCCUGCCUGGCACAGUAUGGCUGCCACCGCCUCCAGCGACAAGCCAGAGGAGGUGACAGCCGGGAGAAAAGAUUCUGCCUUCCCUGGCCUCAUGGACCAGUGGCCAGCAAUUUCACCUGCAGCAUGUCCCCAGGAGCUUACAACAGGGCAGCUGUGUGGAGAGGGUGACUGCUCUGAUGCCUUAGAGUCCCCAAGGAGAACAUCUGCUGGUGCCUUUGUCUCCCCAGAAUCCAGACCAGGGGUGGAUUCUGUACAGGGAGCCCCCCAGGCCCCAGAAGCAGCUGUGCCAGGCGAGGAGAAUUCAGUUGGUACACCGGGCCUCCCCAUUACACAGGAGACCCCCACCCCACCAGAUGUCACCCUGAGAGCCUCAGACAGGGAGAAAGACUUGGUGGAGGUGCAGGAAUUCCCUGGGGCCAGCCACUCUGCUCCAAGGGGCUCCGGGGCCACCAGGGGAACCGAGGGGGCAGCUGCAGUCAGUGCCCCCUCCCCAGAGGAUUGUCAGCAGCACAUCACAGCACCCCUGCCACCUGCAGAGGGGCAUGCCCUGGCCCCGGGGGCUGGAGGCUCCUGGAAGGAGCUGGUGGACACCAGUGAUGCUGAGAGCCCCAUACAGACAGCUCAAGGGGCCGAGCCCAGUCACAGUGACAGUGUCCAAGUGGCAGCAGGCAAUCAGCUGGAAGGAGGCUUGUGUGUGGGUGCUGAGCCUCCCCCACUGGCCCCCAUGGGACCCCCACUCCUGGAAUCCAGCCCCGAGGCUGUGGAGGAGCCUGGCCCACUGGCCCAGGAGGCAGGGCCCAAUGCAGAGACAUCCGCUCUUCCUCUGGGUUUGGACAGACAACUGGCAGAGGUGGGGCUGAUGGCCUUGGAGAAGUGUGUGGGAGAGGUCCCUGCCCCUUUCCCCAUGGAGAAUGGUCUGGGCACCCCUCCAACCCCUCCCUCUCUCGGUGCCACAGAUCAAAGCACCAUCCAGGCGAAGGUGGGCGCUGGGGCCCCUGAAGGUGUUGAGGGCCCAGCAGCAGCCAGGCAGGAAGACAGACGGCCUGGGGGCGACCCUGGAGGAGGGGGCCAAGCUCCACAGCCCCCUGACAGCAGCACCCCUCCUGGAACAGGGGUGUCUGGAGAGGAGGACUCAGAGCUACCAGGUGACAUGGAUGGCAAUGUCCUUCACUGCCCACAGCCCGCCCUACCAUGCAACAAGGGACCCGGGCCCGUGGGCGGCCCCCGAUCACCGCCAGAAGAACCAUCUCCGGGCCCAGAGGCCUGCGAGGUGGCCGGAGACGUCCGCCUAGUUGUUGCAUCCGGCUCCCUGGCCUGGCUUCGUGAGCAGGAGGACAUCCUGCCCCCUCGGCCGGAUGGGGCUGGUGACCAAGCUGUUCCCGAUGGAGCUGCACGGGUGGGGUCCAGCCUGCAGACUGAGAGUCCUCGCCGCCCCCAGGGAGGAACGGAGCCCGAGAGAGAAAAUGCCCUGUUAACACCUGCAGCCCAGGUUGGGCCCACGGUCCAGGAGAUGGGGCCUUCAACGGAAAUGAAGCCGCUGAGCCCCCCAUCCAGGCAGGGGCCAGGUGGCCAUGAUGUGGAGAGCCAGGGGCCUGACACAGCUGGGCCGGAAGUCCACGCUGAUGGGCCACAGUCCCCCGCAGAGGGGGAGACCUCAGCAGGUGAGCUCAGGUUUCCCAGCCAGCAGGGAGGGCUACCCCGCCCUGAGGAUCACGGGGUAUUGGCAGCUCCAUCCGCCAGACCCUCGCUGUCAUCUGAGACGAGUCCCCAGACAUCCUGGUUUGAUGAGGAAGCAUCUGACAAGUCUGACAUGCCCACAGGGAAGCCUCUGUCACCCGAGGACGAUGGGGAGACCCAGUUGGGAGCGACGGGCUUCAAGAACCAGGAUGCUGCGCCUCCCCAAGACCAUCUGCCAGAGGGAGAUGCCUGCCCGUCCCCUCAGAGACAACAGGAGUGGGCUUCCACACCGGAAUCCCCAAGUUGGCUCCCCAAAGACAAUCGGGCCGGUCCUCGAAGACCACCAUCCAGGGGGAACACCGUUCCGGAAAGUUUUCCCACAGUGCAGACGUUGUUGCUUGCUCCGGGGGAGGAUGAGCGGCAGGGAGCCCUCGAUGGUAAUCAGCCCUUGGGGGUCUCAGCUCCGGCUGCAGAUGCUUUGGAAGACCCUCCUCCUACCAGGGCCUUGGGCCGGGAAGAAAGCCUCAGUGCCGGGCAGAGGCCACGCAAGCCCCAACAGGAGCCGCCUGGCACUCCGAGGGUAGGCGGGCAGCAUGAAGAAGCUUGUCUAGGGGAAGGCAUUGCUGACGCCAUUGGUGCUCAGCCCCCGCCCGGGGGCUCAGGUCAGCUGGCACAUGGGAGCUCAGCGGGGGUGCCGCCCUGUCGUCCAAACUCAGUCCCUCUCCUGGAUGUGGUGGCCGGCCCGCAGGGCUCCGGCAUCACAGCCACCCUGGAUGUCCCCCAGAGGGAGGCGACUGGUGACGGGGAGGCCAGCAGGCAGCAAGCGCUAGGCGCUUCGCCGGAGAAGAUGGAGAGGCCGCCCAGACUUCUCAGCGGCGUCCUGGAGGCUGUGGAGCCAGGCUCUGAAGAGGUGGCUGCUGGGACGGGAGAAAAGGCUGAAGAAGGGAACCUGGGCAUGCUUGGGACCCCGGAGGAGUCUGGAGCCACUGCUCUGAGCUGUGGCCUCCCACAGCCUGAGUGCUGUGCCACCACCGGCACAGAGGACACAGCCACCGCCACUGCCAGGGAGCCCCGCCAACCUGGGCAAGUGCCUGCCGACGACUGGGGUACCUCCCUGCCUGGGGGAGAGCUGCGGGGCACCCCUGGCCUUUCCACGCACCGGGCAGUCCCUGCCCCACAGAGCCUGCAGCUGGCAGGGCCACUCUCCCAGGCGGCCCCAGAAACUCCGUACCUGCACAUUGAGGGGGUGGCCCAGAGAAGUAUGGACAGCAGUGAGGAGACCACCACCUCCCCUUCAUGUUGCCAAGACCCCCAGGAAAGCCCUUGUUCCACGUCCUUGGAAAUUGCCCACCCCACGAAGUUGGCUGCCAGCUGCCCGGCCUACCUCUGGCAGCCAGGAGAGGCUGAAGUGGAGUUCUCGGUGGAGCCGACGGGGAAGGACCACAGCCACAGAGGCCCUGGAGCCAGGCCCGGUAUGGACUCAGUGCCCUAUCUGGACAGGAUGCUGAGCCCAGGGGAGGAGGUGGUGGCCACAACCUCCGGGCCAGGUGCUGAGCCUGGGGCGGUGCCAGCAUGCCCUGCCCAGGUGAAGAACAGCAGUGAGGGGGUGCCGGGGCCCCCCGAGAGUCUGAGACAGGGUGCACCAGGGCGCGAGAGCAUCACCUCCAAGCAGACCACCAAGACUGCCGGAUUCCCAGACUUCAGGGAGCACAUCACCAAGAUCUUUGAAAAGUCUGCACUGGGGACCCUGGCUGCCGACCGGCCCCCCAGUGCACCAGGAGCCAAGGCAGAUGCUGGGGGCAGGGUGGGGGACAAGAACCUCUUGUCCUUGAGCUCAGAGAAGCUGCUGGAUGGAACUCCCGGCAUGGCACCCCCUCUCCCUGCACCUCAGGUCUCACUCCUGGCAGACACGGAGAAGCAGGAACAAGAGGCUGGCAUGUCUCCCCUGACCCCCCAGGAGGCAGCCCCAGGCAAGCUGGUGAGGGCCCCUGAGGAGGGGAGCCUCCUGGAGGCCAGCGCGGAUGAUGGGCAUAGUGCCCCACAGGUGCCCAGUGAACCAGGGAUGCCAGAGGCAACCUCAGGAACCAGCCGGGCGCCUGGAGGCCAGGACCUUGCAGAGCAAGGAAGGGGCCUGGUUUCUCCAGAGCUUCCUGUGGAGGGCGCUGUGGACUCCCAGGGGCCUCCCCAGGGCCCCAGAGAUGGCAUUCCUUCUGGGGAAGAGCCCCAGGAGGCAUCACUCUGUGACAGCGGCCACCAGGAAGACAGUGUGUGGGGCUCUGCCUGUACAGGGGCCCCGGCCGAUGCGCCCGGAGAGUAUUCUCUCCAUCUGGAAGGCUCGUCUGUGUCCAAGGCUGGACCCCGAGUCCCUGGCACAUCUGAGGGUGUGAGCAGGCCGGGCCCCCCAAGUAGCCCUGAGCCACCUGCUGGUGAUGGGGCCGGCGGUCCCCCAGAGCCCAGCGUGGCCAGCGCAGCUCAGGCAGCCAAGGGUGACAUCACUGUGAGCACAGCUGAGACGGGGGCACGUGCAUGUGGUGACCUGCCCAGAACAGGUACUACAAGGGUGUUAGCUGGCGUAGCUAGUGACUCGGCAGAGCUGCCAGGGGCCUCUUGGGAGAGGCUUCUGGGGAUGGAAGACGCUCCCGCCCAGCGCGUAGACCCUGCGGCGGGGGAGCAGCAGGCCGCACAGCAGCACCCGGAGCCUGCACGCCCCGCUCCUCCCGGGGACAAGAAAGUGGGUGUCCCUCUGAAACCUGACGGAACCCAGGACCAGAAGCUGCCAAACCGGACUCCCGGAGGGCACCAAGCCGACAGAGAGACCCCAGAACCCGGCACUGCCCUGGAGGGAGCAUCACCAAGUGUCCCAGGCAGUGAAGUCUCUUCCCACGAGACCAGAGGUGUGGGAGAAGCAGAAAGCCCCUCCCCUGCUCCUUCCCGUGUGGACCGCCGUCCUUCGGACUCCGAACUUGGGUGUUUGGCUUCUACCCCAGCCGGAGACGGAUUGGAAACAUCCACACCCACCGGUGACAGAAGCAGGAGUUCUGACUCUGAAGAAGCAUUUGAGACCCCGGAGUCGACCACCCCUGUCAAAGCCCCCCCGGCCCCACCCCCACCUCCCCCGGAAGUGGUCCCUGAGCCCGAGGUCAGCGCCCAGCCACCCCUGGAAGAGCCAGGAUGUGUCCCUGAAGCCGCCCCCAUCCCCGAGGGCCCCCAAGGUGACCCUGUGGAAGGACACCCUUUCCGACCCCCGUCACACUCCUUCUCCACCGUCUUCGAUGAAGACAAGCCCAUCGCCAGCAGCGGCACCUACAACCUAGACUUUGACAGCCUCGAGCUGGUGCACAAUUCCCAGGCGCCGGAGCCCUGCUGCCCAGACGCGAAGGACCAGGAAUGCCUAGGGACAGCGCGGAGGAAGUCCACAGACGCCGUCCCCGCCUGCAAGUCCACCCUGUCCCGCUCGCUCAGCCUGCACGCGGGCGAGUUUGAGGGUGCUUCUGGCACCGGCAGCCCCGAGGCGGCGGGCCUUGCCCCAGAGACGCAGGGCGCGGGCUCCAGCAGUGCCUCCAGCACCCUUAAACGAACUAAAAAACCGAGGCCGCCUUCCUUAAAAAAGAAGCAGACCACCAAGAAACCCACCGAGGGCCCCCUGGGGAAGGAGACGCAGCCGGAGCCAGCUGGGGAGAGCCCAACUCCUCCGGAGGAGAAUCCGGCCGCUGAGACCAACGCAGAGCCGGCCAAGGUGGAAGAUUCUGGACCAGCCUUAUUGGAGGAGACGCCCCUAGAACCUGCCGCUGUGCCUCCACCUGCCUGCCCCUUGGAUUCAGAAAGUGCUGCGGGGGUUGUACCCCACCUGUCGGCAGGCGGAAGAGUGCAGAACUCACCCCCUGUGGGAAGGAGACAGCUGCCUCCUUCCACAGCCCCAGAGGUGGUGGAGGUGGCCCCAUCAGACAGUGGGGGUCAGGAGGACCCCCCAGCCACAGGGACUCCAGUGAGGCUGGAGUUUGACUAUUCAGAGGACAAGGGGGGCUGGGACAGUCAGCAGGGAACCCCUCCUCCUACCAAAAAGACAGGCAAAAAGCCGGUCGCCAAAAUGCCCCUGAGGAGGCCGGCACUGAAAAAGGCGCCCGAGAAACCGGACAACACCCCUGCCUCACCUCCCAGGGCCCCCGCCGCCGAGCCCAAUGACAUCCCCGCGGCGAGAGGUACCUACACCUUUGAUAUUGACAAGUGGGAUGACCCCAACUUUAACCCCUUUUCUUCCACCUCAAAAAUGCAGGAGUCUCCCAAACUGCCCCAACAGUCCUACAGCUUUGACCCCGACACCUGUGACGAGUCCAUUGACCCCUUUAAGACGUCCUCUAAGACCCCUAGCUCACCUUCUAAGUCCCCAGCCUCCUUUGAGACCCCGGCCAGUGCCAUGGACGCCAAUGGAAUGGACGGGGACGGGCUGAACAAGCCCGCCAGGAAGAAGAAGACGCCCCUCAAGACCGACACGUUUAGGGUGAGAAAGUCGCCAAAACGGUCUCCUCUCUCAGAACCGCCUUCGCAGGACCCCACUCCCGCGGUGACACCUGAGAGCCCCCCGGUGAGCUCAGCAGUGGUCCACGCGACCGACGAGGAGAAGCUGGCUGUCACCAGCCAGAAGUGGGCGUGCAUGACCGUGGACCUGGAGGCCGACAAGCAGGACUACCCCCAGCCCUCGGACCUGUCCACCUUCGUCAACGAGACCAAGUUCAGCUCCCCCACGGAGGAGUUGGAUUACAGAAACGCCUAUGAAAUCGAAUAUAUGGAAAAACUGGGCUCCUCCUUACCGCGUGAUGAUGCCGAGGACGAAGACGCCCCGAAGAAGCAGGCUCUGUACCUGGUGUUUGACACGCCGCAGGAGAGCCCGGUCAAGUCUCCUCCCACCCGGAUGUCAGAGUCGCCCACGCCGUGUUCAGGGUCAAGCUUUGAAGAGACUGAAGCCCUUGUGAAUGCCGGGGCCAAAACCCACCCUGCCAUCCCCCGGGGGCUGGGCUCCAGCCAAGAACCAACCUUGCAGCUACCAGAGAAGUCCACCCCGAAGGAGCUGGAGGCCAUGGCCCUGGAGACCACUGCAGACCCCAUUGAAAUUACAGCUCCGGGGGACGCCUUUGUCUCCGCGGAUGCGCUCCUCAGCACGCUGGCUCACCCCACGUCUCUUUGUGGUACCCUUGGCUACCUGGAGCCCGACUUAGCAGAAAAGAACCCCCCCGUAUUUGCUCAGAAACUCCAGGAGGAGUUAGAAUUUGCCAUCAUGAGGAUAGAAGCCCUGAAGCUGGCCAGGCAGAUUGCCCUGGCCUCCCGCAGCCGCCAGGACCUCAAGAGAGAAGCUGCCCACCCAGCAGACGUCUCCCUCCCCAAGACCACCUUGUACUCACGCAUUGGGACCUGUGAGGCAGAGAAAGCCCCAGGCCUCCUCUACCAGGCGCCGGACGUGGACGCAGCGCUGCAGAUCGCCAGAGCGGAGAUCCUCACCAAGGAGAGAGAGGCCACAGAGUGGAAAGAUAAAUAUGAAGAAAGCCGGAGGGAAGUGAUGGAAAUGAGGAAAAUCGUGGCCGAGUACGAGAAGACGAUUGCGCAGAUGAUAGGCAAGCCUGAGGACGAGCAGCGGGAGAAGUCCGCCUCCCACCACACGGUCCAGCAGCUGGUGCUGGAGAAGGAGCAGGCCUUGGCCGACCUGAACUCCGUGGAGAAAUCGCUGGCCGACCUUUUCAGGAGAUACGAGAAGAUGAAGGAAGUCUUGGAGGGUUUCCGGAAGAAUGAAGAGGUGCUGAAGAAGUGUGCCCAGGAGUACCUGUCCCGAGUGAAGAAAGAGGAGCAGCGGUACCAGGCCCUGAAGGUGCACGCGGAGGAGAAGCUGGACAGGGCCAAUGCUGAAAUCGCCCAGGUCCGAGGCAAGGCCCGGCAGGAGCAGGCGGCCUACCAGGCCAGUCUCCGCAAGGAGCAGCUUCGUGUGGAUGCACUGGAGGGGGCCCUGGAGCAGAAGAAUAAAGAGAUCGAAGAGCUCACCAAGAUUUGUGACGAGCUGAUUGCCAAAAUGGGGAAGAGCUAGCUUCCAGCCCCGCGUGUGCGCCCAACGGUGGCGUGCGAGGACCAUGGGUGCUCCACCGCCUGCCCGCCCGCCCGCUGCAUGGCCCGGCCGGUGCCCUGCUGCGCUUCCUCUCGGCGCCAUCUGGACUGGACGCAGCACCGAGUGGCCGAUAGGAACUCCUGGCUGCUGGUUUGCGGUUCCCUUAUCCCCCCCACUCAGCAAGUGGGCCCCAGAGUUCCCACAUCAGGGAGACGGUCUGAUGCGCCCAUCAAAGACACACCGCCGACCGACUGACCGAGGACCCCGGGGUGGGCGGCUUUGGGGUUGAGAUAAACAUGCUCAGCGUGCACAGCGACUCUUGCCUUAAGGAGGGUACACUUGACCUGCAUUUGCCGAUUGGUUUGGAAAGAGAAGAAAAUGCAUGUUUCCAAUAAAAUUCUCUAUUGUAAAUAAACUUUUUUUUCUCCCUUUG